AUGUUUUGCUGUGGUAAGAAUGGGAAUUAGUAAGCUUAGAGGAAUAGAAUGACAAGAUUCCGUUUUUCAGCUGAAGAAGUUUAAGAAAUGCAUAGAAGGUAACAUACAUGCUUAAAUAAAGAUUUUAGAGAAUGACUAAUGGAUCUAAUUUUUUAACAAAAAAUCAAUUUAGAGACAAUAUGGGACUACUUGGACUUGAAACAGUUUAAGUAUUGAGUGAUUGUUUAUUUUAAAUAAUUGAUGAAGAUCAGGAUGGUAAAAUUUAAUUUAAUGAAUUUCUUGCUUAUUUCGAUAAAAUUACUUAUGGUUCUCAAGAUGAAAAAGCUGAGAUAUCAUAUAAAUUAAUUGAUUAAAAUAGAAAAGGUUAUUUCACAUUAAGAGAUUUUUAAUAAACAAUGCAAGCUUUGAUUGAUUCUUGGGUUGUUAUGACAGGAACAGCCAUAACAAAUGAAAUAAGAGAUCAUUUAGAAAAAAGAGUUACUUAUAUAUUUACAUAAAUGGAUAAGAAUAAUGAUGAGAAGGUCUCAUUUAUUGAAUAUAAAGGAAUUUUAGCAAGUGAUCCAUCUUUACUAGAUAUAUUUGAAUUUUUAAGGAAAGGCAUAACAAUUUCUAUUAAAGAAGCAACCUUAAAAUAAGAUUAGAUUGUUCUUAGUGAGUUUUAUUUGAUCAAGGAUUAAGCAGUAGACUUAUUUGAAAUGAUGAUAGGAUUGUAAUAAAAUAGAUAUUCAACAACUGUAUAAGCAAAACCAAAUUUAAUUUCCAGUUUAAUGUUUUGUUAGAAAAAAAUGUAUAUCAAAUCAAUAUAUUUUAAAGGAAGUAGAAUACAAAUAGUUAAUUUGGAAUCCAAUAUUUGAUGGGAGAAGAGAUUGAUGCUUUAUCAUUAAGAAUGUCAAGUACUAUAAAUGUGAAUAAGACACGUUAAUAAGGAGCAGUUUAAACUAGUUAAAUUAUAUGUGCCACUAGUUAGAUUGGUCCAUUCAUACAUAGAGGAGAUCAAGAAAUCCCUAUAAAAAUAGAUUAUAAUUUAUAAUCAAAAGAAAGUGAGGAAACUUUAGAUCCAGAAUUAACUGAUGGAUUAGAAAAGAUUAAUUAUAUGACAGAAGAUUAGAUAAGAGAUAAUUAUAAAGAAGCUUUGAUAAAGAUUCAUGAAUUAAAAUAAUAAACUUAAUAAUCUUUAGAUAGAUUAGAAAAAAUGUAUUAAAAGAAAUUAGAAGAAUUUAAUAUUAAGAAGAAGAAAGAUAUAGAAUUGGCUGAAAAAAGAAGAGCUACUAUAGCUAACAUAAAUAAAAAGAGAAAAACAGCUUUAUCUGUAUAAUUUGGACAUUAAAAUUGGAAUCUUGUAUUAAAUAUGAUGAUUGGAAUAUAAAUGGCAGUAAAAUCAGUAAAUGCUUUAAGUGAUUAUGAAGUUACAUUAAAAGAUUUUAAAUUAAAAUAUUAUUUUGAACUUAUGCCAAAGAGAACUGGUAAUGAAAAAGCAACUUUUAAGGUUUGUAAAUUCUUUGAUUAUGCUCCUUAAGUAUUUAAUCAUAUUAGAAAAAUGUUUUUUAUAGAUAAUGAUAAUUAUUUGAGUAGCAUUGGACCUGAAACAUUAUUAUCAAGUAUUUUAAAAGGAGAUCUUAGUACAUUAUCUGAAUUGACAUCUAGUGGUAAAAGUGGCAGUUUUUUCUAUUAUUCAUAAGAUGGUAUUUAUACAUUAAAAACUAUUUCAAAAACAGAAUUUACUUUUAUGAGACAUAUCUUAUAUAAUUAUUUUAAACAUCUUAAAGAUUAUAGAUAAUCAUUAAUAAUUAAGUUAUUUGGAAUGCAUAAAAUUAUAUUAGAUGAUAAAAAAAUACAUUUUAUUAUUAUGAGUAAUGUAUUCAAAACAUCUCAUGAAAUUAAUUUAAGAUAUGAUAUUAAAGGGAGUCUUCAUUAAAGAAAAACUCCAAAUAAUGCUGAUUAUACUGUAGCUAGAAAAGAUUUAAAUUUUUUGGAAUCUCAUGAAAAAAUUAAUAUUAGAAUAGAUAAAUAAAGUGAAUUACUUACAUAAUUAUGUAAAGAUGCAGAUUUUUUUGCUUAAAAUAAUAUUAUAGAUUAUAGUUUACUUUUGGGAAUUCAUGAAAUUAAUUUUCUUUAAACUUCUUCAAGAACAGACAUAAUACAUGAACAAGAUUAAGAAGACAUUUCUAUAAUUCAAUCAAAAACUGGUGAUAAAAUAUAUUUCUUUGGAAUUAUUGAUAUAUUGACAAAUUUUAAGUAUUAAUCAGAUAUAUUUAUAUCUUAGCACUAAAAAGAAGAUAGAAUAUUGUUGUAAAAGAUGUUUUUAAGGUCCUGAUAUUUCUGCAAUACCUCCUCAUCAAUAUGCUGAAAGAUUUAAAAGAUUUAUAACCAAUAUGUUUAGAAACAAUAUCUGA